AUGGCAUCAGUUAGUGCAGUAUCGAGCAGUAACAUCAACAAAACGCAAUCAAUGACCACAGCAAGCGCCCUCGCCCAAUCUGGGACGUACCAAGCAGAAUUGGUCGCUCAGUCAUUAUCUCAACCUGAAAACUUUUGGCGUAAAGCUGCUGAAUGCGUCUCAUGGGUAACGAAGCCAAACCAAAUUCUCGAAAUCAAUGAAAAGACCAUACCUGCACCUCAUUAUCGCUGGUUUCCUGACGCUGAACUCAAUGUCUGCUACAACUGUGUCGACCGCCACGUCACGAAUGGAAAUGGAUCUCGAACAGCCAUUAUAUACGACUCUCCUGUGACUGCUACCAAGGAAAAGUACACAUAUGCUCAGACGCUGAGUGAAGUUGAAACUUUGGCUGGUGUAUUGAGAAAGUACGGUGUUGCAAAAGGAGAUACCGUGCUCAUCUAUAUGCCUAUGGUGCCUCAAGCCAUGUUUGGAAUGCUUGCUUGUGCUCGUUUAGGUGCUGUUCAUAGUGUCGUAUUCGGAGGAUUUGCGCCAAAGGAACUGUGCAAAAGAAUCGAUGAUUGUAAACCAAAAGUCAUAUUGGCUGCUUCUUGUGGUGUGGAAGGAACUAAAGUCAUUCCUUACAUGCCUCUUCUCAAUGAUGCUAUCUCCAUGUCUGCAUACAAACCACCUAUUAAGAUUGUCUGCUCACGACCUCAAGUCGUGGUCAAAGUCAACUCUGCAUCUGGUGAACGUGACUGGGCACAAGAGAUGCAAGAAGCCAAACGAUCAGGACUCAAAGCAGCACCAGUUACAGUCAAAUCAACAGACCCUCUCUAUUUGUUGUAUACAUCCGGGUCAACGGGUACACCGAAAGGUGUUGUUCGUGAUUCGGGAGGAUACCUUGUAGCUCUCGGCUGGGCUAUGCCAAACUUCUUGGGCAUGACACCUGAAGACACCAUAUUUUGCGCGUCUGAUGUUGGUUGGGUUGUUGGACACUCUUAUAUCGUCUAUGGUCCUCUACUGAAUGGAUCUACAACGAUUUUAUACGAAGGCAAACCUGUUGGAACUCCUGAUGCGUCAGCUUUCUGGAGGCUAGUGCAAGAAUACAAGGUCAAGGUUAUCUCGACUGCUCCUACUGCUAUUCGCGCCAUCAAGCGAGACGAUCCAGAAGGAGAAUUCCUCGCCAAAUACGACAUAUCUACUCUUGAAUCUGUUUAUCUAGCUGGUGAACGCUCAGAUCCUGACACCGUCAAGCAUUUUCAAAAUUUGCUAAAGGUCCCAAUCCGUGACAACUACUGGCAAACUGAAUCUGGCUGGCAGAUAACCGCAACAUGCCAAUUCGACGGUAGCUCCUUAUCCACCCCAGUCAAGAUUGGAUCUGCAGGUCAACCAAUGCCCGGUUACGACAUGAAAGUCCUCGUUGCUCCCCCUCAUGUGGACGAAGACGACUACAGAGAACAAGGAAAAGCCAUACCGUGGGUGACUGGUGCACCAAACGUGCUUGGCAAUCUGGUCAUCAAGCUUCCAUUACCACCAGGCUGUUUCCCAACACUCUGGAACAACCAUUCAGGAUAUAUGAAGUCUUAUAUGACCAAGUUUCCCGGAUACUAUGAUACCACUGACGCGGCUAUGAUCGAUCAAGAUGGAUAUGUGUCGAUUAUGGCUAGAACUGAUGAUAUAAUCAACGUUGCUGGUCAUCGAUUGUCAACGGGUGGAAUGGAAGAAAUCUGUUCUGGACAUCAAAGCGUCGCGGAAUGUGCCGUUUUAGGAGUCGCAGACCAACUGAAGGGUGAAGUGCCUGUUGGAUUUGUCGUACUCAAGAACAAGACCACAUUAAGCCAUGCUCAAAUAUCUCAGGAUCUAGUGCAAGCAGUAAGGAAUCAAAUUGGUGCGAUCGCGUGCUUUCAAAAAGUAUACAUUGUGUCAAAGCUUCCCAAGACAAGAUCAGGAAAGAUUCUUAGACGAACCAUUCGAGCAAUUGCGAAUGGAGUCAAGUAUGAAGCGCCUGCCACGAUCGAAGACGACUCUGUACUUGCAGAGUUACAUGUCGUAUUGUCUAAACCUAAGCUCUAG